CCUCUCCCCUGUACGGAGAAGCCGAGAGACGUCAGGCCGAACCGGAGAGAUUAGCAGGCGCUUUAAGUGGAUUAGAAAGCAGCAGAGGCAAAGAGAAGAGAGGAGAGGCGAGAAGUUGGCGGAGCAGGCGCCCCUUUGCGAGUUGCUUUCAGCGGGCUGGCCAGGCGCGCUCCCUCGUCCGGCUUUCCUUUCUGGCUUUGAAGAGCCCCGCCAUGCCCCAAACAGUGGCUCUGAACGGUCCUUCGCCAUGGGGGUUCCGCCUGGUCGGAGGGAAAGAUUUUAGCACUCCGCUGACUAUUUCCCGGAUAAAUCCGGGAAGUAAAGCUGCUCUUGCUAACCUUUGCCCAGGUGAUGUCAUUUUGUCAAUUAAUGGUGACAGCACAGAAACCAUGACACAUUUAGAAGCACAAAACAAGAUCAAAGCUUGUCUGGAUCAACUGAUACUGUCUGUGAAGAGAGCUGAAGGCAAGGUUUGGUCACCUAAUACUGUAGAAGAUGGAAAAGCACAAGCUUAUCGUGUCAGUGUAGAACCUGAAACACAGGAUAAUGGACCUGUUCCAAAUAGGAGACCCAUGGCCUUUUCACCUGGAGGAAGUCCAACAGACAACAAGCAGACCUUAAAUUUGCAAUUCAAUAAUCCUUUACGUCUGUAUGCAAACAACAGUCCAGAUUCUAGUUUACCUUCACAGAUGAGUGGUCUCCAUAUCACAACUCCCCAAAGUGCUGAUCCUCUAAGGUCUCUCCCAAGAAACAAAAAUGGAAUUGACACAGACUCGGAUGUGUACAAAAUGCUGCAAGAUCAUGAAAGGCCUGUUUCAGAACCUAAGCAGUCAGGAUCUUUCCGGUAUCUGCAAGGCAUGUUGGAAGCUGGAGAGAAUGGUGAAAAGUACGACAAAGUGACCAGUCCAAGACACAUUAAAUCUCCCGUCCCUAAACUGGGUGGAGCCAUGUCUGGCUUGCAGGUGCUCCCUGAGUGUACCAGAUGCGGUAAUGGCAUUGUUGGCACAAUAGUGAAAGCCCGUGACAAGCUCUACCAUCCAGAAUGUUUCAUGUGUGACGACUGUGGCCUCAAUCUGAAGCAAAGGGGCUAUUUCUUCAUUGAGGAACAACUAUACUGCGAGACGCAUGCCAAGGAAAGGGUUAAACCACCAGAAGGAUACGACGUGGUAGCUGUUUAUCCCAAUGCCAAAGUUGAACUUGUUUAAGUAGUUACUUCUAUUUCCCAGCCAGGUCGAAAGGGCUAGAAGAGAGUCAAAAAAGGGUUUAUUCUCAGUAAAAUAUCUUUCAGAGAUCAAAUGAAUUACCCUUGAGACCUUAGGUGGGACAGUACUGGUUGCAGAAAACCUUUGGAAAACAAUCACUUUCCCCCAUUUCUUAUAAAACUUUGCUUUUUUGGUUGCUGUGCUGAAGUUUAAAAAAAAUCUGCAAAUAAUAUUUGCUGUAGACCAUCCAAAAUCUAUGUAAAAAUAGAUGCUUUUUAAAAAGAACUUUUCCACAUACAACCAGUAUUUUUUUUUGUCCCAUUUAAAAAUAAGGCACUUUAAGAACUGACAGUUUAAAGCAUUGCAUUAAAUUUGACUUUUUGUCAGUAAUAUAGAUAUACGAUAAAUACAGCUUUGUGGCUUUCAGGGUAUAAAACACUGAGACCAUGUUUAAUUAUUAUUAUUAUUAUUAAUAUAGUUAGAGAAAUUCUCUUAUAAAUCCUUUCUCAAGUGGUGUUGUUAUAAUUGCUGCCUAUUUGUUAUUUUAGUUAUGUUCAGUAUCUAGGAAACAAAUGCCUUUUUAUUUGCAAAAAAAGCAAAAUCUUUUUUGAGUUGAGCUUUACUCUUAGUGACUGCAUAUCUAAGCUGCAAAAAAUUGUACAUCCAUUAGAAGGCCAGCAGCAAGCUAGGGGGUUCUGUAUGUUUUGUGCCCUCUAUGGUUGACUGUUUUGCAGCCCAGAUGUGGUAGCCUUAUUCACGGACAUGGACACCUAAUUUUCUUGGUAAUAAUACAAAAGUCAUUUCACAUUUUUCCUGAAACAAUCAAAGUGAUAAAGAGCCCCUUUUGUCAUCCUUGUGACAGAUGGUAGCAUUAGCAGCUGGAAUUUUCUGCUUGCCUAAUCCUGCCCUUUUACUUUUCCUAAAGAAAACAUUAUUGGAAACCCAUAAUUGAUCCUCUGUUGGUUAAGAGCAGUGAGCAGGUUAAAGAUGAUUUGUGUGUUCUCACUCCUUCUAGAUCAUCUGAUGCUGUCAGUUGUAAAGAUCAAGAACUCUCAAAUGUAAAAUUCUCUGUAAACAAAAAUGUAUGGAAUGCAUGUACAGCAAAGAAUCAG